GGCCGAACUGCGCCUGCGCCAUUCUUUGGCGCCAAGAUGGCGAUGGAGAUGAGGCUUCCCGUUGCUCGCAAGCCUCUUAGCGAGAGCGUGGGCCGCGAUACCAAGAAACAUCUGGUGGUUCCGGGGGACACGAUCACCACGGACACGGGAUUCAUGCGGGGCCAUGGAACUUACAUGGGGGAAGAGAAGCUCAUUGCAUCUGUGGCUGGCUCAGUGGAGAGGGUAAACAAGUUGAUAUGUGUGAAAGCUUUGAAAACCAGAUAUAAUGGUGAAGUAGGAGACAUUGUGGUGGGGAGAAUCACAGAGGUUCAACAGAAGAGGUGGAAGGUGGAGACCAAUUCUAGGCUGGAUUCAGUCUUGCUCCUGUCAUCCAUGAACCUUCCUGGAGGAGAGCUGAGGAGAAGAUCUGCAGAAGACGAGCUGGCAAUGAGAGGUUUCUUGCAGGAAGGGGACCUCAUCAGUGCCGAGGUACAGGCGGUGUUCUCUGAUGGCGCGGUCUCUCUGCACACAAGGAGUCUGAAAUACGGAAAACUGGGCCAGGGAGUUUUGGUCCAGGUUUCUCCCUCCCUAGUAAAACGGCAGAAGACUCACUUCCAUGACUUGCCCUGUGGUGCCUCGGUGAUUCUGGGUAACAAUGGCUUCAUCUGGAUCUACCCCACACCUGAGCAGAAGGAAGAAGACACGGGGGGCUUCACAGCACACCUGGAGCCCAUCUCCCUCGCCGACCGAGAGGUGAUCUCCCGGCUCCGGAACUGCAUCGUCUCGCUGGUCACUCAGAGGAUGAUGCUGUAUGAUACCAGCAUCCUGUAUUGCUACGAGGCGUCCCUUCCACAUCAGAUCAAAGACCUCUUAAAGCCAGAAAUAAUGGAGGAAGUUGUUAUGGAAACACGCCAGAGGCUUUUAGAACAAGAAGGGUGAGGAGAGACAUCUGAAGGACAGGACAGUGUGCACCUGACCGGAGCAGUUUGAAAAGUGAAAGUGAAGAAUCUGAUCUGGGGUCCCAUAUGUGGCUCUGUGGAGAGCUGUGACACUCAUCACUUGACCUACAUCAGGCUGCCUCUGGUCCAAAGACCUCCUUUUGGCUAUUCUAGGGCAAAGCCUGGGGGAAGUGCUACCAGCCCCUUGGGUCGCCCACAGAGUCCAGCACUAAGGGUAGUUUCAGGCCUUUAUUUUUAUUUUUCAAAGUUUUGUUAUUAUUAUUCCUUUUUUUUUUUUUUUUAAUUAACUUUCAAGCCUUUAAAAGCACACAGUGUUGCAGCCAAAUGGACUGCUAUUCAGGAAUGCUGGAGAAUCCUUUUCUUCUACUGACCAUCAAUUCACAAGGCACAAUGCCCCCAUGAAAUUGCCCCUAUAAAAAACACAGCCUCCCUGACCCCAAAAUUGUGUUUUGGACUCUGUUCCCCCUCUGCAGCUCAAGUGCAACAUUGAAGAAUAUAGUUAGUAACUUUUUUUGUUGUUGAGACCAAGAGAGCCAGUGGGGAUGGGAGGGUUGGGGACCUUAAGCAGGCUCCAUGCCCAGUGCAGAGCCAGUGCGGGGCUGAAUCUCAUGACCCUGAGAUCAUGACCUGAGCUGAAAUCAAGAGUUGGACACUUAACCAACUGAGCCACCCAGGUGCCUGUGUACUUAGUAACAUUCAGCAGUAGAAUGGAAGAAUAAAGUCAACCAAGCAGCCUUUGCUUGGUUAGAAUCUCAUUUCCCAUUGCAUGUUCCUUGUAGUGAUAGAUUCAAGGAUAUCUACGCCAAGCUGCCUUAAUCUGAUCUGCCUUUAAGAGUGAUUUGUCAGAAGCCGAGUAACUGAUGAUAGAAUAAUGUUCAGGGUUCUCUGAGGAACAUGAAAACAGACUAAGAAAUGCAGAUGCGAAAAGAACUCUUUUUUUCCUCCUGUGAUUGAAGUAGUAAUGCGUUAACUUUGUAAUAAUUCAGGGUUAAAAACAGGUUGAAGUUCUCCCUGAAGAAAGCUAGAAUUUCCUCUGCAUUGGUUUUCCUAAUGACUGUAGAAAUGGUACUCUGAUUCAGGUUUGGGAAGCAUUUUUUUUUUUUUUUAUUCACAAGAGACACAGGGAGAGGCAGAGACACAGGCAGAGGGAGAAGCAGGCUCCCCGCAGGGAGCCCAACAUGGGACUCGAUCCCGGGUCUCCAGGAUCACACCCUGGGCUGAAUGAAGGCGGCGCUUUUUUUUUUUUUUUUAAAGGCAGUCUGUGAAGUGCUAUUUUGUUUUACAUACAUGAAUUCCUUUUUUAUAUAUUUAUAAAUGUGAAGUUAACAUCACUGUUUCUGUCCCAGUGUCCUGUGUAACACUUGGGUGUGGAGUACAGUUGAAGGAGGGCUUAGCAGAUACAAAAUCUGACCAGAGAUCUUAACUGCUUUGCUUGGGUCAUUUAGGUAAACCUAGGACAGUUUGAGUGGUAGUGACUUUGGACACUGCAUUUGACACUUUUGAAAUACAGCUGUGCUCUUCUUCAUUAA